UCAAACGCUCAGCCUCUCUCUCUGUAUUGUUGUUUAGCUGUUGUCUGCGCAUCCCCAUUUUGAAUUCUCUCCCUCCUUUCACACCUCUCUCUUUCUUUCUCUUAUAAAACCGAAACCCUCUCUACUUCCUUUCUCUCUCCCCAGUCUUCGAUAAUCUCGUCUCCUUUCACUUUCUUUUCUCUAGUAAAUCGCUUUCUUGCCAAUCCUUUUCUUCGUUUUCUCGUUCUUGUUACUCAUAACAGCUUGUUUGUUUCUUUUUUUUAAUUUUUGUUCUCUGUUGCAGAGGAGGAGGAAAAUAUGGCGGUCAAUUCUUCCACAGGAAGAAGUUCAGAUUUGCUUAUUCAGGUUCCAAGGAGGUUUAAAGACAGAGAAAAUACUCCUGAAAGAACCAAACCUUUUCUUCAACCAAGUAAACCCAAAAACAUAACUGAUCAAAGGAAAGUCGCUGUGGUUUAUUAUCUUUCUAGAAAUGGCCAGCUUGAGCAUCCUCAUUUUAUGGAGGUUCCUCUUACUUCUAGUGAAGGUCUUUACCUAAAAGAUAUUAUCAAUCGCCUAAACAUUCUUCGAGGUAAAGGCAUGGCUAGCCUCUACUCAUGGUCUUCUAAAAGGAGCUACAAAAACGGCUUCGUUUGGCAUGAUUUAACUGAGGACGAUCUCAUCUAUCCUGCCCACGGUCAUGAGUAUGUCCUUAAAGGAUCAGAGCUUCUCGAUUCCUCUAUAAACCCUAACAAACCGCUUCUCCUAGAAACGACAUCGUCGUUUACAUCGCCGAAACAACCUGAGAUUCGUAAGUUAUCUUCAAGUGAGGAAGCCAAUUUUCCGGUUGUCACGCGGCGGAGAAACCAGUCAUGGAGCUCUGUCGAUCUUAAUGAGUAUAAGGUUUAUAAAACCGAGUCAUUCUCGGAGUCGGCUCAGAAACUCGCUGCUGACGCUUCGACUCAGACUGAUGAGAAGAGGAGGAGGAGAAGGCCGGCAAAGCAAGAAGACGAAAUUGAAGAAUUGCAAGAGGAGAAAAGCCCGGAGCCGGAGGUGAACAGGGAAGAAAUUGAGAUUUCACCUCCGCCGUCGGAUUCGAGUCCUGAGACAUUAGAGUCUCUGUUGAAGGCUGAUGGACGGCUGAUAUUGGGUUCAGGGAGCGGUAAUGAGGAGAGUUUGAAUCGGACGGUGGAGAAUUGUGGGAGGACGAAGGCGUCAACCGUUCUAAUGCACCUGAUUUCGUGUGGUUCCAUGUCAUUUAGAGACUGUGGGGCCACGGCGGUAAGAGAACAAGGCUUCUCUUUGAUUGGACACUACAAAGGAAGGCUGCCACGUGGAGGAGGGAACGGAGUGGGGACAUCGAAGGAAUUCACAAGUUUUGGAGGGGUGAGAUUGGAAGAGAAAGAGUAUUUUAGUGGGAGCUUGAUCGAGACAAAGAAAGAGGAGGUCCCUGCUUUGAAGAGGUCCAACUCCUAUAAUGCAGAUCGGAGCUCAAGCUCGCAGUUGCAACUGGCAGAAAAGGAGGAAGACGGGGCACGAACCAAGUGCAUACCAAGAAAGCCAAGGGCAAUGCCAGCGCCAACCAAGAAAGAAAACACCACUAGUGUUUCUGGUGAAAGUAAUAGUCAAGUAGGGAGCAAAAGAUUCCAGAUCCAAGUCGUCAGAACGUAACCGGAGGUGAAAUGAGAUUAUCAAACACUUAGCUUUGUAAAUGUAGUUUGGAACUAAAUACUGAGAGCGUAGACAAAAAAGAGAACAAGAAAACCCAAAAAUAAGAAAAGAGGAAGGAAAAUAUGCUAAAUAUUUGGUGGUGGAUUCCAAAUCACGGCGGUCUGGCCGGCGGGCACUUGCAUUGAAGAUUAGAGUGUGAGUUGAUAAGUCCUAUAAAGUGAAGGCUCUCUUUGUUGGAGCUUGUAAAAUGUUCAUUUGAGUUUGGAGCUUUCAGCUUAGGGUCAAUGCUAGGUGUGCCUUAAUUUUGGUGAUUUGGUACAAAUCUUAGUAGUUGUUUAAGCCUUUUAAGACACAAUAGUUUUGACUCUAAAACAUGGGAAAUAGAAUUUUGUCCUUGGUAAUGUCAUUUACUUUCUGGCUUCA